AUGGUAAACAUCAUGUCAGAAGAGAUUUAUAAUAUUUCUUUGCCAGAAGAUUAUGAAAUGUUUGCCGAAAAUGAACUUCAGAAUAACUCCAGAAUUUCUGUUUAUAUCGCGAGGGACCGAAUGUUUAAUAUUUCUAAUUGUGGAUUCAAUGACACCUGUGAGAACACUUCAGCUUCUAGGUACCCCGAGGAUCUAACCAAGACACCAAUAUGGUUAGUUGGAAUAUCAAUUACUUUGUCCCUUCUGAUCUUAGCAACUAUCUUAGGAAAUGUGUUUGUAAUAGCAGCAAUUAUGAUCGAGAAGAACCUUAAGAUGGUGGGUAACUAUUUGGUUUUAUCGCUAGCCAUGACGGAUCUAUUGGUUGCUUGCUUAGUGAUGCCAUUGGGCGCUAUGUACGAAGUUAGCCAAGAAUGGACUUUAGGCCCUCUUCUGUGCGACAUUUGGAUUUCAUGCGACGUCUUGUGCUGCACAGCGUCUAUAUUACAUCUUCUGGCUAUUGCAACUGACCGCUACUGGGCAGUGACCAAUGUGGACUACAUCCAUCAAAGGAGUAUGCGCCACAUUGGAUUUAUGAUUUUUAUUGUCUGGUUUGUCGCUUUACUAGUUUCGAUUGCACCUUUUUUUGGGUGGAAGGACCCCCAAUUCGAGGAACGUGUUCUUGUGUAUAAAGUAUGUUUAGUUAGCCAAGAUUUGUCGUAUCAGGUUUUCGCUACCUGUGCGUCGUUUUAUCUUCCCCUGGUAAUUGUGCUGGUUCUUUAUUGGAAAAUCUAUAAGGAAGCAAGAAAAAGGAUCCGUCGAAAACCUGGAAGUGCCAGCUAUCGUGCCCUUCGAAGAUUAGCUGUUCCACGAGGAGCACAAUCAGUGGUAGAGAUAACAACUACGUUUGCCAUGUGUUCAUCAAGUAAUACCAGCUCUGGUACGAAUACAAACUCAGUACAAAACAGGCCUAUAUCACAAAUUUUGUCUUCUAACGAACCGAGUAAGAUGACACUUUUGUCCAGUAAAAAACAGAAAAAGACGGCAAAAGAAAAUACUGAUUCAAAACGUGAACGUAAAGCAGCCAAAACUUUAGCCAUUAUCACCGGAGUAUUUGUGGCUUGUUGGUUGCCCUUUUUCAUCAUUGCUUUGAUGAUGCCAAUGUGUCACAGCUGUAAUAUUGGCCCAUUACUGUUUAGUGUGUUCUUGUGGCUAGGAUACGCCAACUCCAUGUUGAAUCCUAUUAUCUAUACAGUAUUCAGUCCGGACUUUAGAUGUGCCUUUAAGCGUUUAGUAUGGAGAUGUUUUCGAUAG